AUGGGCUUGCCUCUCCCAUUUCCAGCUCAAUUUCCACUGCUCCUGCUCAUUAUCGGGCGCGCCGCGGGCCAGACCUGCUCCGAGUCGGACGGCUCGUGUGCGGCUGAGGCCGUGGCGCGCCUGCCCGAGCUGCCUGAUGACGGUGCGUGGGUAGCAGACCCGGACCGGCUCUUGCAGCCGGAGACGGUCAAGCUGCUCAACGGAAACCUCAGCCUGGUCAACGCCACCUCCGGCACACGCUGCUAUAUGGUCCUCCUCUCGUCCAUGCCAGAAGGGACCAAGCUUCGUGACCUCGGGCGUGGCGUCGCCAAGAAGUGGUGGCCGCAGGUCAGUGUGGAGAAGGGGAGUCCGGGGAGCCGAGAGGCUGAGGCGGCCAACCGGCGCAACCGGCGGCUGGUCGACAACACUGCGGUGUUGGUGGCGCGGCGGAUCACCAAGAAGCUGUCGGGAGCGAUCGGCAAAGGGUCGCUCGACAGCGGCUGCCUCGUGGCAGCGAAGGAGCUCCGGCGGCAGGCGCAGCGAGGGAGCGGCCUCUUCGGCUCGGUGCGCUCAGUGAUGAUGCCGCUGAUGCUCGGGGCGGCGCUCCUCUACUUUUUCUUCAAGAACAGCCGCGGGAUGGGUGGGAUGGGCGGCGGCGGCGAUUUGAUGGCGGAGAUGGCCUACGGUGGGCUCGGAGGCGAUGGGCUCGGAGGCGCUGGGCUCGGAGGCGGUGGGCUCGGAGGCGGUGGGCUCGGCGGCGGGCUCGGCCGUGGGCUGGGAGGCGGGCUGGGAGGCGGGCUGCACUCUGCGCGGCGCGGCUUCUCCAGCUCUCGCUCGGCAUGGCGGGUGCGGCUGCGCGGCACGGCCGGCGGUGGCGGCGGUUCGCUGCGUGAGAUGCCGAGGGAGGUGUGGCGAGGGCAAGAGGAGGAGGGAGAGGAGGACAGGCUGGACGAGGCGGACAAGGACGGCGAGGAGUACGGCGAGGAGUACGGCGAGGAGUACGGCGAGGAGUACGGCGAGGAGUACGGCGAGGGCGAGGAGGGCGAGGGCGAGGACGGCGGCGUCUUCCGCGAGGGGCGCGGCGACGAGAGCACCAGCACGCCGGUGAGGGCACCCACCAGCUGCGGCGAGCUCACGUUCGGUUGGGUGGAGUCGGAGCGGUUGGGCCUCUGUAGGUGA